AAUUGCAGUUUGCACUCUGCAAAUAUGUCAUUUAAUAAAAUUUCCAACUUCCGUAAGCUGCACUUUUUCAAUGAUCCCACCAUGUGCCAAAAUAUCCUGCACCACAAAACAACUACCUACAAGUCAACCUAAAACAUUUCUCUAUAGAUCACAUAGGUAGUUGUGGUCAAGUCAGAACGGUCUGACUGCAUUAUCACGUGAUCAGUUGCCACUCAAGUGAAGACAAAUGUUAGUGUUGACACGUGCAUGGGACUUAGUAAAAAGUUUGCAGCUGCUGGCUUGUAAAUGGCUUUCAAUGGCUGAGAUAUGGAAUUUAUGGCUCAAAACAAUUAAAUCAUGGCUCGAAGAAAUGGAGUCACGGCUGGAAAAUCCACAAAACCAUGGUUCCAAAAAUUCAGUUGUGGCUUGCCAAGUAGAUAUAUUCCAUGCUUCUUGGGAGGAUGAUCAAUCUACCAGUUCUGGUGUCUCCUUCAACAAAGAAGUUGGAGCAAUGCUUGUGUUGUUGCCACGGCAAUUUUUCUUCAACUUCUAUGGCAACAGUUCAACUUCUGGAACAAAAUCUUCUGAAGAUUACGAUAAGAUAUGUCAAGCUAUGUUCAAGGACGUGUGGUUGGAAGCAUACGAUGCUCGCUGCCAUGACACUGGUCGUGAAGACUUCUUGCGCCACAUCCCCUGUCCAGUGGAUCAGCUUUGUGUUGAUGAAGAUAAUCCUGCAAAUGUCAUUCCUCAGUCUCAGCUAACUUAUGCUAUCAAGGACAUCAAUAAUCCUAGAUUUUGGUACCUGUCCUUAGUGGCUUGUGGUCUGAAUGCUUCAUGCGGGUGGCAGUACAGCGGAGAUGACAUCAAGGUGUCAUACCACCUCACUCUUGUCAAUGGCAAACCACCUGCCAAAGAUCAUGACUUCUUUGCUUAUCAUUUCUCUUGUGAACAACAAGAUGUUGGAGAACUGGUGUUGGUGUGUCUGCUGCUAUAUUUUUUUCUGUUGCUGCCUCUCCAAAUUUAUGCUACUUAUAAAAUGCGGCUGCGUGUACUCGAAGUGUUCCUCUGUGUUCUAUCCCUGCAAAGCCUUGGACUUGUGUUUGCCAUGACUGCACAGAUCAUAAUGGGUGCCAGCGGCAAGUGGGUGGCUUGGGUGGCAGCAGCAGGUCAAAUCUGCACGCUGCUCUGCGAAGCCGUGUUCCUCCUGCUGCUGGUGCUGCUGGCACGAGGCUGGUCGGUGACGGCCGCCACGGGACAGCACACAGUCGGUCUCUACCUUAUCUGGGGCUCCUACACUGCCGUCACGCUCGUCCUCUGUACCUGGAACUUGGUGAUGGUGUCGCCCAUGGAGGACUCGUACCAGUACGGGGCGUGGCUGGGUAUCUUCGCGCUGGUGCUGCGCGGGGUGCUCACUGUCUGGUAUUUGUGGGAGCUGCGCAACACGAUGCUCAUUCAGCACCAUCCUAACACGCUGCACUUUCUGCUUCAGCUGGGGGCGGCGUCCCUGGUGUGGCUGGUGUACCUGCCCGUGGUGGCUCUCGUCGCCCUCCAAGUCUCUCCGCUGUGGAGACCCAAGCUAUUGCAAGGGUUCCGGUACACUGCAGAUUUUCUAGCGCAUGUCUUCAUGGCGUACACUUUAUACCCUCGGCAAUCUCAUCCGUACGUCAUCCUAGCCACUCCAGAGGACCACUGCGAAGAACUGGACUUCUUGGACCAGGCGCCGCAAGUGCUGCAUCGUCGCGCACAGCGUCUUCGUCGCGGGGACCAGCGGUCUAGUCUCAGUGAAGGCCUGGGUGAGAACGGAGACAUGCGAGUGCCAUACACAGACCUGUUAGAUGCUGAGGAAACAGUUCAGUUUGAACGGUUUUCAGGAACACUCGAGUCCGGUGUAUCUGAUCUCCAUAUUUUCGGGGUAACGGAUCGAGCCCGUUCUGGUGUCUCGAAUCAGAUGAAUAGCCCCGCUAAGUACGAGUUUCAAGUUAACAGAAAUGACGUACUCGUCACAACCGACAACGGACGUUAUUUUGAUCCAGAGGCUUUAGAACGAAGACCUGUGACUCUUUCAAGUUCAGUUAAGCUAAUUGAGUUGGACGACACAGACAAAGCUGAGGCGUCAUCUGACUAUUACGUUAAUAAUCUCCUCGACGGAUCACACUCUUCCCCAUUACCUCCCCAAGGUGUUGUUGCGUCGUCCACCUCAACAUCCAAGGAGGGUUUCUCCCCAGAGUUCCUUUCAGAUGAGUCAGAUACUGAGCUGCUUGUUGUCGUCAAGGAUAAGAAGUCAUGGCCGCUAUGAAAACACCUUACCACUUUAGGUGGUUGAAAGACUCCGUGGAUCAGCCUCUUCUUUUGGCUUCACCGGCGAUGCUCAUAUUAUAUGAAUCGAUUUCUUUAUUGUCGAACUAACUUUUGCCAUAUGACGGUGACGGCCGCCACAAUCACCUUGAAUCCCCUUGUAUCAAUCCCCGUGAAUCCUCUUGUGAAUUAAUGGGGAUUGACGUUUAUAGUUGCUCAUAUUGAGUUUGCUGAACGCUUUGGUCUGAUAAAAUUUUCAUAUUUUUACUUGAUGUGUAUAUUUAAAUACCAUUUCGAUUAUACUUACGUCAGGGAUAUUAGCUAAUGUAUCUACAACGGUUACAUCAUUUCUAAUCUGAGCCUUCAGUUACAAUGUCAAAUUGAAAACCUCUUUGUUAUCCAAGCCUCCUUUAUCUACUAUGUUGAAGUGAACGCUAAUCUCCAGUGCGAGAAAUUUUAUCUAGUUAUUUCACAUAAAGAACCUUCAUUGUGGCCUAAAUUUCAAGCUUUUUUUCGAACGUAGAGGACGAAAUUUUCCAAAAUCGAGAAAUAAAUACUUUUGCAAGGAAUAAAUUUCCCGUCUCAAAUGUUUCUUUAAUAAGCCUUCUCUCUGGUUUUCUUCAGAGCAUUCGUGCUUGAGCAACACUUUUAUACGAGAACCUAAUGGGAGAUUUUCAAUGUAAUAUUGAUUCAAUUUUGUAGCGAUCGAUUCACUUCGACUGAUUUUCUAGCUGCACUUCUGUGGCCGAACGUUCAUAUCCGUGCCAAACACCGUGACUUGCCAAGAUUUGUACGUAGGAUUUUACAUGGAAACUAUAGCCAUAUCAUGUGAUCAAACUCUUAUUGGGUAUUUUUAUACGAAGUUCUAUGUCACGAUUUGAAUUUCGGUGACACGGUUCUACAUGAGUUACUCAAAUAGAAUUAUUUGUUCCGUAUUUUGAUUAUUGACUUAUGUUUGUAGUGGAAUUAUUAUUUUGUACCUACUUUAUAUUUGUUUGACUGGUGACGUUAAAGGAUAUAACCCGUUUUAUUUGUUCAAUAGAUCAUAGCCUUACAUUUUAUUCUAAGGUAUCCGUGGCUGAAUUGUGUAAUUUCUGAUCACAAGAUUGGAAAUAAGGAUGGCUAUUAGUUUGCCGAGAGAUUUACUAAGCUAUGAUAAUUAUUUAUUUCUAAAUCUAAGGAGCUCUUGUGUGCCGUACUUAUUAAAAUAUGGUCUUACACCAGUUCUGACAUUCAUCGUGGUUACGUUAUGAUCAUCAUUUCUGUUCGUAUAUACUCUUUUAUUACAUAUGGUUUGUUUCUUUCUAUUAGCUUAAAUCAUAGAAAUGUGUUGAAGACUAAGAAGUGGUAACAGGAGAUAGUUAUAUGCAGGUUUUACUAGCAUUUACAUAAUAAAGAAUGAGUUCAUAAUAAAAUAGGAUUUAGCUCCCGUCUGAUAAAUUUGUCGCGUUCUAUUUUUCUUGGAUGUUGCAUUCCUCCGUCGUUCGGUACGGAAAUUACACUAUUUAUAAUCGUCAUCUACGACUAUUUAAUGUUACCUGUUUAGACGAGAUUCCUGUGAUUGCCGUUAGGAUGUCCCUUAUACAGAUCUCCAUUCGUUGAGGGUGAAA